GGUGUGUAUGUGUAUGCGUGUGUGUGUGUGACUGUAUGUUCUGCCAGAGUUCAUGUAUCAAUAGUUUAUUCAUUCAAGAACAAGGCGCCUCAGACGGAGGAAUCUUACCUGCAUACAACGCUGAGUUUCAUAAAGGAUAGCUUUAACUAAAGAACUGCACUGUAAGACAAGAUGUUUCAGAUUAAAAAGAUUUGCUGUAUAGGAGCUGGAUAUGUUGGUGGUCCGACUUGCAGUGUCAUUGCCAGCAUGUGUCCUGAGAUCACAGUAACAGUAGUGGAUGUUAAUGAAUCCCGGAUCAAAGCCUGGAACUCUGAUACGCUGCCCAUUUAUGAGCCGGGCCUGAAUGAAGUGGUGCUGUCUUGUCGCGGGAAGAACCUCUUCUUCUCCACUGAUAUAGACUCUGCCAUUAAAGAAGCUGAUUUGGUCUUUAUUUCAGUAAACACCCCAACUAAGACAUACGGUAUGGGCAAAGGGCGCGCUGCUGAUCUAAAGUUUAUUGAGGCAUGUGCCCGGCGGAUUGUGGAGGUGUCGGAUGGGUAUAAAAUCGUUACAGAGAAGAGCACAGUGCCAGUUCGUGCAGCUGAGAGCAUCCGCAGGAUAUUUGAUGCAAACACCAAACCCAGCCUCAAUCUACAGGUUCUCUCUAACCCAGAGUUCCUUGCAGAAGGUACGGCAGUAAAGGACCUUAAAGAACCAGACCGUGUCCUGAUCGGUGGAGAUGAGACUCCGGAGGGUCAAAGGGCUAUCAGUGCUCUCUGUGCAGUUUAUGAGCACUGGGUCCCCAAAACACGCAUCAUCACCACCAACACCUGGUCCUCUGAACUUUCUAAACUGGCAGCAAAUGCUUUCCUGGCUCAGCGCAUCAGCAGUAUAAACUCCAUCUCUGCACUGUGUGAGUCCACUGGUGCUGAUGUAGAAGAGGUGGCCAGAGCCAUUGGCAUGGACCAGCGAAUUGGCAGCAAGUUCCUCAAAGCCAGCGUCGGAUUUGGAGGAAGCUGUUUUCAGAAGGAUGUGCUGAAUUUGGUUUACCUCUGUGAAGCACUGAAUCUACCAGAGGUUGCUUCAUACUGGCAACAGGUGAUUGACAUGAAUGAAUAUCAGAGAAAAAGAUUCGCCUGUCGGAUCAUUGACUGCCUGUUUAACACGGUUACAGGGAAGAAAAUCGCCUUGUUGGGUUUCUCCUUCAAGAAAGACACGGGUGACACCAGAGAGUCAUCCAGUAUUUACAUUUCAAAGUAUUUGAUGGACGAAGGAGCCAAGCUGCAUAUUUAUGACCCUAAAGUGCUGAAGGAGCAGAUAAUCCAGGACCUGUCUCAACCCGGCAUCUCCGGAGACAAUCCAGAGAGAGUGUCUGAUCUUGUAACAGUGACGGUUGACCCCUAUGAGGCCUGUGAAAGUGCGCAUGCUCUGGUCAUCUGUACAGAGUGGGAUAUGUUUAGGGAUUUGGAUUAUGAGAAAAUAUAUCACAAGAUGUUGAAACCAGCGUUCAUUUUUGAUGGUCGACGAGUCCUGGAUCAUCUGCAUACCCAACUACAAAACGUCGGCUUUCAGAUCGAGACCAUCGGUAAGAAGGUGACGACACGAAUCCCCUUCACAACCUCUGGAGGAGUACCACGAAUCACUGAACCACCCAUUAAGAAAUCCAAAGCCUGAGACACAACUCAUCCUCCACACCACACACACACACACACACACACACACAC